CGAAAUCUCACGGAUGCGUCGAGCAGGCCACGUCGCCUCCGCGCCUCUAGCUCACACAGUUUCAUUAUUUCUUCAUCCUACGUAUUUCCUGCGUUUAACGCUACGGUGAAUCGUAUCGAGAAGCCCUCCCUGAGGGGUGAACGGACAGUUCCGUGCAUGUGAGAAUCGGCUUCGGCUGUACCUUGAAGCUACGUACAACAAACUACGGGGUCGGGGAUCAUGAGGCCCGCGAAAACCUGGGCCCCCCUAGCAGCGACCGUGCUCGCUACGGCCCUGCUCUUGCAGCCUAUCUACGCUGAGGCACCAAUCUCGGGUAGCUAUUUACCACCAUCAACAAGUUAUGGAACACCAAACUUAGGAGGCGGUGGCCCAUCCUCGAACUAUGGUGCACCGUCCAACGGUGGUGGUCGCCCCUCUUCAAGCUAUGGCGCACCACCAUCCAGUAACUAUGGUGCACCACCAUCUAGUAACUACGGUGCUCCACCAUCUAGUAACUAUGGUGCUCCACCAUCCAGUAACUACGGUGCUCCGCCAUCCAGUAAUUAUGGCGCACCAUCUGGUGGAAGACCAUCUAGCAGCUACGGAGCACCUUCGAACGGUGGUGGCAGACCGUCUUCGAGCUACGGUGCACCAUCGGGUGGCGGUGGAAGACCAUCCAGUACUUACGGCGCUCCUGGAGGCGGUGGUGGCUUCGGUGGUGGUUUCGGCGGUGGAAUCUCGUCAAGCUACGGCGCACCAUCACGCGGAUCAUCGAUAUCAGCAAGCUACUCAGCACCCAUUUCUGGAGGCGGUGGUAUCUCCAGCAGUUACGGCGCGCCAACCGGAGGCGGCGGUGGUGGAUACUCGAGACCAUCAUCGACUUACGGUACACCUAGCACCGGUGGUGGCAUUCCGGUGGAUAUUCUGGAGGCGGAGGUGGAUACUCUGGAGGCGGUGGUGGCUACUCUGGAGGUGGAAACGGUGGAUACUCCGGCGGCGGCGGCGGCGGAUACUCGGGCGGUGGUGGCGGCUAUUCCGGCGGCGGUGGAAACGGAGGCUACUCCGGCGGGGGCGGUGGUGGCUACUCUGGAGGCGGCGGAGGUGGUUACUCUGGAGGCGGUGGUGGCUACUCUGGAGGAGGCGGGGGUGGUUACUCUGGAGGAGGUGGUGGUUAUUCCGGAGGUGGCGGCGGCUACUCCGGUGGCGGCGGUGGUGGCUACUCCGGUGGUGGCGGCGGUGGCGGAUACUCAGGCGGCGGCGGUGGCUACUCCGGCGGCGGUGGAGGCGGUGGAGGCGGUCAGAGCUACGCUAGCAACGGAGGUUACCAAUAUUAAUCGUAAAAAGUCUUCAUCUCGCGCGACGACGACCUUCGACCAUGUUUCACCAUCGAUCAUCGACCACCAUCGAACGAGUCGAACGAGUUUAAACGCAUCGACGUCCCCCGCGUCACGGUCCAAACGCAACAACGUCGUUCGCGGCGGUGAGCUUGCAAUUAGUCAGACGAAUAAAGGAACAUCAGCCGACGAGACGGGAAGGAACGAAGCGGAAUCGGAGGUCAUUCUCGCGAAUCUGAAAUCAGCAGCAUCCCCGAAGCAUCCAGGAUCCUCAUUAAAAGUUUAA